AUGAAUAAUCUAAGAAAACUUUAUAAAGAAACUUUAAUUUUGUCCGACGCUAAAAAUUUAAUAUUGAAAAGAGGUUAUAAAUUUAAUGUAGAUGUACCAUGGGUGAAACCUGAAAAAAAACCUUUUUACCAUCCUGAUAAAACUGGAGAUUUAAAAUCAUUUGAAUUACCAGAAAGCAGUUGUUUUAGGUUGAACGUUGAGAAAUCAGAGGAAUUUAAAAGAGGAAAGGUUAAAGCUUCAUUAACGAAUAUUUUAAAAGAGAGAUAUGCAACCUUAAAGAAAUUAAGGGGAUCAGAUUAUAAAAAAUUUGAAUGGGUUUUGGAACAGCUAGAUAUUGUUUUCAAACCCAAAUUAGAGGAAGUACAAAGAGUAUCGAGGAAAACUUCAUUAAAACUUUUGACACAACUUCAAAUUGAAAAUGAAAAAGAAAAAAAAUUGGCAGAAUUAAAAGAGUCAUUGGAUGAACAAAAAAUAUCCUUUUUGAGUAAAAAAAUAGAAAAGCUACUUUGGAUAAAAGAGAUGGAGGAAAAGUACAAAUUUCCCGAGACAAGUGUAAGGAAAAACUGGAAGAUGUCAAAGUUGAAAAUGGUAUCAAAAAGAAAAUUGGAUAUCGAAGAAAAAUUCAUCCUUAUACAUUAG